AUGCUCACCCUGUCCCUUCUACUCGGCGCCGCCGCUGGCGUCAAUGCGUUGGCCGGUGGCGGAGUGACCGGAGUCACGCUCAGCGACGGAUUACAACUCUGCCCAGACAACUGUCAUCACAAAGGUGUCUUCCUUAGUGCGACUGGUUACUACUGCGCUAUUGAAGAAAUUAUUCACAGAGUGCGCGACGACGGCACUGACGAUCGCUGGUAUCCAUACGCGUGCCCCGGAGCAACACUGCCAGACGGCUACACCGAGCGCCCGCUCCGCGACGGAGAAAAACCGUCCGAAUGCUGGACGACGACUUCAGAGCUUGGAUGCCUUGCAACCACAAACCGUCGAGGCCACCCCAAGGUCAUUAAGUGGUCAGAAGUUGUUGAGGAGCUCAAAAAGGCCAAGGCACAGAACGCGCAGAGCUCGCCCGAGAAGCCCUCUGCUGCUCCCGAGAAGCCUGUUAACUGCGCCGACGAGGGCUCCAAGGCUUUUCGAAAAUGUCAAGAAGAGAAAGUGGAAUCAUUCAGCGAGUGCAACCAGCGAGGGAUUGAAGCCAUUGAGGCAUGCAAUCAGAAGUAA